AUGUACCUUUUUGUUUUGGUCUGUCACUCAACACUCAGCAUGGUCAGCUAAUAUAUGGUGUCCAUUUUGCUGUGCGUAAUUGUAUGCGCAACAGCAACAAAGAGUUAAAAACAGCCAGCAAGAACGAAUCUUUUGUUUGCCUAAAAUUGCUCUCACCAAUUUCCGCCCCCACACCUCCCACCCCUCAUGACUUUCGACACUAUACGGCACGCCCUGUCACUGCCGUACUAUGCAUGAUAAUAUUUCACCGAAACAUAAAUAUGUAAGCUACAAUUUAAUCAACUUCCUUCCUCAGUCAAGCACAUGAAAAGGCUUUGGGGUAAAAAAUAAGGCAGGUUGAUGUCAUUUGGUUUCUGGUUUUGGCUGUUUUGUGCUUUUUAGAGCGAAGCAUCAGUUUCCAUGUUUGAAGUCUUGUAUUGCACCUUUCAAAAUGUUUGUGUUUUGGCGUCAAAUGACUCAUGGCGCCAAUAUGUGAGUUUUGGCGCUUUGACUUUGCCCAGACUUUUUUUGGAGGGGAUUGUUAAACUGUCAAGUGUUGUUCUUUGUUUGGAAGUUUUGCUUCCAGACUAACCUGUUGAGAUAUAAUUGAUUAUUGAUUUGACUGAAGAGCCAUGGUUCUGCCAAGGCCGGAUACGGCCUGUCGAACUUGUUCCGAAUACGUUGGCGAGCAGCUGACAUUUAUCGGAAUACGAUUGGAUGUUUUAGUAAUCGGGGGCACGUAGGCGGCCGUCUAUCUACCCGCGGGUGGGGGGGGAGGGGUGUCUCAGUCACUUUUGAUCGCAGCAGGCCAAACGAGCAAGCCGACGUACGUGCUGAACAGGAUGAACGCUUGAACAUGACACUUAGAAAGAGAGGAGAACUUUCAAGUUGCUCAUCUGAGGCGAGGAGGAGGAAGUAGGAACAAGUGCUUUGAAAGCAGAGCCAAAAAGAUGGAUGCCAUGAGAUGCUUACCGCCGAGGCCCUUAAAGACAGGAAAGGUGGUGAUGUCUUCAGGCGAGGACGGUCUGAUUGGAAUCCCCUUCCCGGAGCACAGCAACGAGCUUCUGUCCCACCUCAAUGACCAGAGGCGCUCGGGGCUCCUGUGCGACCUCACUCUGACCUCUCGCGGGGCACGCUACCCGACCCACCGCGCCGUCAUGGCCGCCGUCAGUCUCUACUUCCGCCGGCUCUUCGGGGCAGAGGAAGGCGGCUGCGGCGAGGGCGGUGGUGGAGGUUUCAGCGUGUGCCAGCUGGACUGCGUGGCGCCCGACGCCCUGGACGCCCUGCUGGAGUUCGCCUACACGGCCACCUUGACCAUCCCCUGCUCCGGGAUGAGGGACGUGCUGCGGGGGGCUCAGCUUUUGGGCAUCCAGUGCGUGGCGGACGCCUGCAGGGACAUCCUGGGGGAGAAGGCGGAGCCGGACGAGGCAGAGGAGGAAAGGCAGCAGCACGCGGAUGCCGUUCAGAGGCCGGCAGUCGAGCGCGGAUCCCGAAGGAAAACGGACCGGAAGAAGGUGAAAAAAGUGGGGCCGCAUCACAUCGACUCACUUUUGAACCCGCCGCCCGUUUCCCCGGUCUCGUACCCUUCACCGCUGUCGGAGAGCAUGUGCUCGCUGCCCCCCGCCCAACCCCUCAGCCCGGAACCGGACGAGCUUCUCUUCAAAUGGAGGAAGAAUGGCGACGCCGGGGCGGUCCGAGUACCAGAGAGGGGCCCCACGUUAAACGGAGGCCAUCUACACUGGAUGAACCAAUGGCCCUCACCCCCAGCCGCGCCCCCAGAGGACAAACUGUCCGAGGAAGAAGACAUGGAGGGCUUUGGCAACGAAGGUACGCUGAUGGAAAGCACCUCCACCACUUCCUCCGUGGCCGAGCGGGGGAUCGGCGCAGCGUCGGCCUCGGCGACGGCGGAGGUCGGGGUCGGCAGGAAGAGGAAGUCGCAAAUGCCUCAGCAGUGUCCCGUCUGUCAGAAGAUCAUCCACGGAGCGGGAAAACUGCCUCGACACAUGAGGACGCACACCGGAGAGAAACCCUUCCAGUGCUCCGCCUGCGGGGUUCGCUUCACCAGGAAUGACAAGUUGAAGAUCCACAUGCGGAAGCACACGGGCGAGCGUCCCUACUCGUGUCCGCACUGCCCCGCCCGCUUCCUGCACUCGUACGACCUGAAGAACCACUUGUCCCUGCACAGCGGCGCGCGGCCCUUCGAGUGCCUGCUCUGCCACAAGGCCUUCGCCCGCGAGGACCACCUCCAGCGCCACCGCAAGGGACACAGCUGCCUGGAGCUGCGCACGCGCUGGCCCAGACGAGGUCCCGACGACCACCAGGAAGUGGACGUGGACGCGGACGCGGGCGAGCGCCUCCAGCCGCCGCGGCCCCGCUCGUCGGCUUUCCCGCGGCCCACCAUGCUGGAAGGCGGCAUGUUCCAAACGGACGCUGACAGGGAGCGCUCGCUCGCGCUGCAGGCUCUGGCGCAGCUCAGCCCGCACCGGUUCGCCAACUACCACAGCCUCCUUCUGCGAGGCGCCGAGCAGCGAAGGGUCAGGGAAGGCGGGGCCAAGGAUCCCGAGGGAGUCACCUCGCAGCGUCAAAGCUGGCCACUGGAAGCCGCGGAGAAGAUUGGUGUGGUGGAGGAGGACGUAUAGUGAAUGUUUGAGUCUGUGUGUGGUCUUACAUCCACGCUAAAAAAAUAUAUAUAUAUUAUAAUCUCACUCAGGUGACUCGACCUGCUGCUCCAUGUGGAACCCCGCCCCAAAAAAAUGUCAAACGGGUUUUCUGAGUCGUUUUAAAUGUUUGUUUGUCUACUCUCCUUCUUUCUAGGUUCAAAAGGGAAACUCCUGAUGAAUUUUCUCUUUGAUAUGAUGUGCUCCCAUGAGUCCAACCACAAUAUUCUUAUGAUUAUUGACUUUGAAGGGGUAAAAAUGAAGGAGAUGAAUUAAUUUUAAAACAACCUCAGGAUGCUGACAUUCUGUCCCGUUGGCUGAAAAUGACAUCAAAGUGCCCCCGGGCUCAUAAAGCGAACAUCACGUGACCAAACUCGUAAAACAGGUGAGGUGUGAUGGUCCCAAUGCGAGCCUGGUGGCACUGUGAUGUCGUUUUUUUGUUUUUUUUUCAGUCAACAGCAGAGGGCGGUAUAAAGACCAAAAUGGCAGCCGCUUGAGAUGGAUGACAACAGAUGGAUUCAUUUGCUUCGUAUUUACGACACGAAAGCAAUAUUCAUCACAACAGAGCCUUUCGACUAGUGGGCACCUAUGCAAAGAUAAUGUUUGCCUUGAGUUCCCCUUCAAGCCGCCUUUUCCGAUUUUUGUGUUCAUACUCGCGUUUACUGGGAUGCUUUUCAAGUUGCAAACAAGAAAUUCGAAGCUCCAAAAUGGAGCGACGGUGAAUAUUAGCGUUUUGGGAGUGGUCACUUGUGGUAAAAGUGCAGCCAAGUGCUCUCUGUCUUUGCUUAGAUUUGGUGCUGGAACCAAAGUUCUAGUUACUUGAUAAAAAAAAUAAAUAAAAAAAAAUGUAGCCAAUGUUGGGUCCAAAGAACUCCUUCUGCUUCCAUAGUUGAGUUUUCUGUGUUGAUUGACCAAAAAGACCAAGUCUUGGUCAAAAGUUGUUUUCGUCUCUUUAAAGACUGUCGAUUUCAGCCUUCCCACAUGCAAGUUUGGCUUUCAUAGUGACAAAAAAAAAAGGUGUGGGGAUGAACAAGAGCAUUUACCCCUUUUUCUGUAUUUAUUUAUUUAUUGUGUUUAUUUAUUUUUCAGUUUUUUUUUUUUUUGUGGGAUCAAAUCCAAGGUUGGUCAACGAUCUUAAUGUCGUUGGUGCGCUUGAGAAUGUGGCUCUUGGUCCCUUCUUUGCGCUCUCCACUACUUGCACAUGUGAACCCAGUCAGGUACUGCACAAUAACCCAUGGCAGCCUCUUCGAACAGGGGUGGGCAACCUGUGGAACUCGGGCAAGGCGGAGCCUUUUAUCAUUUAAAAAAAAAUUGUUGUUCAUUGACUUCUGACUUUUGGAAAGAGGUUGCCUACCCCGGUGUUCAAGACUCCAGAGGUGGCAGUAAAUUUUCGUAGCAGAAAGGCCAAAUGAGUGUAACAGCGCAGCAUGUGCAGUUUGUGGAGUCCGUUGUGUGCUCAAUCAAAAAAGCUCAGGAGAAAACCAAAGUACUCACCCAACAGGUUAGUUUAAACUCCCCGGCAUCAUUACUUGAAAUUUGUAUGCUUUUCUUAAACACACAUCCAAUGGACAAAAAAAAAAAAUGUUUUUCAAUAGUGAUAUUUACCUGUAACAUUCUAUUUACAGGACAUUAUAUUCCUGCAAGGGACUGCCAUUUUCUCAGUUGUCUUGCCUGCGCUGCCUUCGAGUAAACUGGGAAUUUAGAAAUUUACCGUCUCGCGCAAUUAAAAGUCACUUAGAUUCAAAACUUAACAAAAUGCCCUGACUGUUUGUUAAACGAUUCGAUUUUGCUUUAAUUUUUCAUCAUGAGUUCCCUCUAAUAGAUGCUGUGGGAAUGGGUGUGGCAUCUACUUUAAAAAAAAACAAUUCCGUAAUGUUUCUGAAAGCUAGUAUUACACAUGGACAUUUAAAGUCCGCGUCAAAUGAAAAUAAAAGUGUUUUCUAAAUUGGGCACACCACACGGUUGUUAACAAACUUCCAAAAUUUGAUUAAAUAGAAAUUCACCGUUAUGUAGCAGCAUUAGAAGGGAUGCCUACUAAUUUCGCCAUUUUAAGCAGUAAAAAUAAUAUUUCGUUAUUUUCCAUAUACAACUAACACUUUUGAAAAACGCAUUUUGUCACUUGCUGUCGACUGAAAACGAUAUGUUUGCAGGCUGACAAAAUAUUGACUUUUUACCGCUGGAAAUUGCUGAGAAAGAAUCCAGUGACGCUAACGCACUCAAGGCUAAGCCUCAUAUUUGUUUUAAAUACACAACAUGUAAUUGUAUAAAAAAAUAGUUUCAGCUUUGGUUACAGAAUCAAUAUCAACUGGGAGUGGCAGUAGACUAAAAACUAGUUUUUGAAAAACUGGUCAGUAUUUGCCAAAGUGCUGUUUGUUGCCAGUUUCAAGUUCCUUUGAGGUCACUGCCAGCAUUUGUUUCUCCAAUUUGUGUUCGUAAGCCCUCACCUCUUUCCUCCACCUCAGUCAAAACAAGCAAACCAAAACAGCAGCACCUACUGAGGCAUGUAGCAAGACCUCACUGAUCACAUGGCGGCUACUGUAACCCCUGAGAGCCCAACAUUAUGAGGAAGUAAGUGGAUUCAAUGAAAGAAAUAGUCAAAUCAAUUUGUA